CAGCGGCGCCAGGGCCAGUUGUCUCCAGCUGCCGGUACGCGGUCCUUGCUGAGAGAGAGAGAGAGGCAUGGCGGUGCCCACGUCGAUCCUGGGGCCCCCGCCGGUCAGCCAGAGCGGCCCCGGCUCGAUGGCGCCCUGGUGCUCCAUGAGCAGUGGCCCGUCUCGCUACGUGCUCGGGAUGCAGGAGCUGUUCCGAGGCCACAGCAAGACGCGCGAGUUCCCGGCGCACAGUGCCAAGGUGCACUCGGUGGCCUGGAGCUGCGACGGCCGUCGCUUGGCCUCGGGGUCCUUCGACAAGACGGCCAGCGUGUUCCUGCUGGAGAAGGACCGGCUGGUCAAAGAAAACAACUACAGGGGGCACGGAGACAGUGUGGAUCAACUUUGCUGGCAUCCAAGCAACCCUGACCUGUUUGUCACCGCAUCUGGAGAUAAAACAAUUCGCAUCUGGGACGUGAGGACUACAAAGUGCAUAGCCACUGUGAACACUAAAGGGGAGAACAUUAAUAUCUGCUGGAGUCCUGACGGGCAGACCAUUGCUGUGGGCAACAAGGAUGAUGUUGUGACCUUUAUCGAUGCCAAGACACACCGUUCCAAAGCAGAAGAGCAGUUCAAGUUUGAGGUCAAUGAAAUCUCCUGGAAUAAUGACAAUAACAUGUUCUUCCUGACCAAUGGCAACGGUUGUAUCAACAUUCUCAGCUACCCCGAGCUAAAGCCUGUGCAGUCCAUCAAUGCCCAUCCUUCUAAUUGCAUCUGUAUCAAGUUCGACCCCAUGGGGAAGUAUUUUGCCACAGGAAGUGCAGACGCUUUGGUUAGCCUCUGGGAUGUUGAUGAGCUAGUGUGCGUGCGCUGCUUCUCCAGGUUGGACUGGCCUGUGAGAACCCUCAGCUUUAGCCACGAUGGGAAAAUGCUGGCAUCGGCCUCGGAGGAUCAUUUCAUUGACAUAGCUGAAGUAGAGACAGGAGACAAGCUGUGGGAGGUGCAGUGUGAGUCCCCGACUUUCACCGUGGCGUGGCACCCCAAAAGGCCUCUCCUGGCAUUUGCCUGUGAUGACAAAGAUGGCAAAUAUGACAGCAGUCGGGAAGCUGGGACUGUGAAGCUGUUUGGGCUUCCAAAUGACUCUUGAGAGGAGGACCUGAGCGGGAGAGGCACAGACUUUCAGUCGUAUAUAGUGUGAUCUGUUCUCUUGGACUUUGUGGGCACUCUAAAUGCUAUAAAUUGUUAUAAAUUACAAAAAACUUUGGUCAGACUGUGCAACCCUAAUCCUCCCUGAAGUGACCUUACUGUGAUAGGGCUCCAUCCCCCCACUCCCCUUUCUGGUUUUUGUUUUUGGUGUUUGUGUUAGCUGUUUUCCAUCGUUACCCCUAUUGCCAGUUACCUAAUGAAGACUUUGUUCAUAAGUAUGGGUCAUGAUCCAUUUUAUGGUUCUUUAAGGGAACAGAACUGAUGGAACACACACACAUACACACCACACAGGAUUCAUCAGAGUGGCUUACAGCUUGUUUUCCGAGUAGUGCAAUGACGGAUGUCUCCUGAUGGAAAGACCAAGACUGGACGGAUGUCUCAGCAGUGCUAAUCUGACUGGAGUCCUGAGGAAUCCCUGGAGAGCUGCUACGCUGGAACCCUGAAGAAGUAGGUUCUGAUACCAGACAAGGAAUGUCUCAGCAGCAGGACCGGUGAACUUGGCAAUGAGAGUGAGGACAGGCAGGCAAAAAGCAAAAGCUUCCUUUUUCCCAUGUCUUUCUAUAGGCUGCCACCAGAUGUGUGGCCCAGAUUUAGGGUGGGUCUUGGCACCUCAGAUGAUCAAGAAAAAUCUCUGGCAGGUUUGCCCAGCUGGCUGGGUUUUAGUGAUUUCCAGAUGCAGCUAAGUUGACACCCAAGGGUGGCCAUCACAUGCCUGGCACAGCACGUCCUCCGGGAGGGCCCUGUCUUCUGCGUUCUGUAAGCGGCAGAGCUUGUUGUGCUUGGCGCUGCACAGGCCAUGUUUAUUCAGAGGGAGCACAGCAUAGGGAUGACGUUUUUAAAAGUAAUUUUAAGAGUUGAGCAUUUAAUAAAAGUGGCUUUUACUAUGAA